AACUUAAUGGAUUCUUUCUCACUUCACCUCAAGCUUGCCCAAGCUAUCCCAAAAAUAUUAGGUCAAAUCAUCAUUUUCUGACAGCGUCGCCGUCACGCUUAACACCCACCCCCUAAAGACAGGCUUGCUCUGGGGUGAGGGUUUCGAGCCUCUGCUAUCCGAUAUCAUGCCGGACUUGAGCGCCUACGAUGAGGAGUUUCGCAUCUAUAAAUGCGUUCUCGUCACCGUUGGUGCUAGUGCCAGCUUCAAGCCCCUCCUCGAAGAGGUGCUUUCGGACGCAUUCAUCGCCAAGCUCAAGUCCUUGCAAUUCACCAAUCUCAUCAUCCAGUGUGGUCCUGAUUUCAACUACUUCGAGUCGGCCAAGCCCCCGCGGGAUCCAGAUGAUGACCCCAGAAAGCUCAACGUGAUUGGAUUCCCGUACAAGCAAGAUCUCCAGCGCUGGUUUGCUCUCGCCGCGCCGUCCACCACCCGCGAGACUGCGAAGCGAGCUAAGGGAGUCAUCAUCACACAUGCGGGUUCCGGAAGCAUCCUAGAUGCACUCGAUUACAACACAACCAUCAUCGCAGUGCCGAACCCGGCUCUCAUGGGAAACCACCAGUCGGAGAUUGCUGACGAGAUGGAGAAGCAAGGAUUCCUGACUCAAGGCAAGCUCGGUUCCCUCGCCGAUCAACUCACCGAAGAGCUACUCGAAGCUCCUGCAAAGCAGUGGCCCCCGGACCCCGAGCCUGACUCGGCGUGGCCGGGCGGUCUCUGGGAUGUCAUCGACGCUUUGAUGCCCCGACAAACAUUGGACGAAGCCCAGAAAAAUGCCGCAUGUGUCUGCAUGUAGAACUAUCAGAGUUCCUUAAUUUAUUUCGGCGUUUACGGAUCGACAGAGUAGAUACCCCGGUUACAGACAAGUUAUUGCUUAUUAGGCUACAUAGACGAAUCAAAUCUAAUUUGACUUGCG